GCGCCGCUGCUCCGACGGGGGCGCGAGGGCGCGGGCGCGAGCGCGACGCGCGUCGUUCUCGGCGUCGCGGCGUGCGGGAUCGUCGCGCUCGUCGGUGGUCGAGGAUCGAUGACGACGCGCGCGGGGGUGUUGGAGACGACGACGAGGACGACGACGACGACGACGACGACGCUUCGCGCGCGACUCGGUGCGGCGGUGAGCGCGGCGAAGCGAAAGGAGAUGCUCGACGCGAAGCGGGGCGAGCUGGAGGAGAAGGCUCGAACGUUGGAGGCGGAUUCGGAGCGCGCGCUGCGAAGGACGGCGAUCGCGUCGGACGACUUCGCGGCGGCGACGAAGGAUGUCGACGACGACGACGCGGGCGAUGCGUGCCCGUCGAGAGAGGUGAGAACGCGAGCGGCGUACGCGAAGCGCGUCGGUAAGGUGUACGCCGAUGAGAAGGCUGCCGUCGAAAAGCGGAGGAAAAUCGACGACAACCUGAAAGCGUCAAAGGGUCGACGGAAACCGAAACGGAAAGGUGCGACAUCGACCGAGCGGAAAACGACGACGGGCGGUGGGUCGAAUGAAACGUCCGCGCUCGGCAGUAAUUUUGGUUGGAUCGGAAACGUGGUCGACGCGGCGGGCACCGUCACCAGUUGGUCGAGCGAGAUAAUCGGCGAGUACGCCGAAGAAGUGGAUGAAGGCUCGGGCUUUUGCUGGCGCGAAUCGUACACGCGAGAAGGCAUCAUUCCGCAGUACUGCGGUGACGACGGCAAGAAAGAGAUCGUCGGCGAAGGUGGUUUGCUUUGCUACGAUAAGUGCUCAAACUUUGGCUCUGGCUAUUAUCGCUCCGGAUACGACUGUUAUCAGUCGUGCUCGACCGGAUGGAGAGAUGACGGCUUGCUGUGCUAUAACGCCGACGCGAGUUACGGUCGGGGCGUCGGCACCAUCGAGUGCGAAUGGGAUUGGUCCACUUUUACCGUGAAGUGCGGCGGAGAUCUUUGCACGAAAAAAGGCAAGGAGGACUACCUCGGUCUCUGUUACGAGCCUUGCAAGAGUGGCUACAGCAAUUUUGGAUCAAAUAUUUGCACGAUGGACUGUCAGCAGCAAGGUUACGAGGGCGGUAUAGCCCCAAGUUGCACAAAACACGUCAAACUCUCUCCAGGCAUGGAGUGGGCGACGUGUCCUCCUGGCUAUGAGUACGACGCCGGUCUCUGUUACGAGCCUUGCAAAGAGGGGUUCGUCGGCGCGGCGUUCGUCUGUUGGGGCGAUCCCCCGACGGUGAACGGCAACAGAUGGGUCGAAUGUGGUAUGGGCGCUGCCGCCGACGACGCUACGUGCGCGCUGGUCGUCACCGACCAAAUCAUGGGCCCGCUUGAGAUGGUCGCCUUCUUUGCCACGCUCGGCGCGAGCUCUGGCGCGACCACUGGCGCCAAGAUCGGAAUCAAAACCGCGACAAAGUGCGCCAAGGCUGCGGACAAGAUUGGUGACACCGCAAAAGCAGUUAAGAAAACCGCGGAAGAGUUGAAGGAUGCCUAUGAUAACAUCGACCAGGUUGUCAGUACAGCGGACGGCGUCAUCGGGGGCAUCGAGAACAUGAUGUCCGUGGAGACAGAGGCUGACGGAAUCAGAGCCGCCGCCGAAGUCGCGGCGCUGUUCGACCCGACCGGUAUUUCGUCCACCGUCGCCGCCUACAGUCACGACAUUUGUACUCGGUACACCGAAGCGCAGGCCGAGGCCGAGGCGACGGAUCCAGCGCUCCUCGAGGCGCAAAAGAUUGCCGUCGCCCGAGCGAUGACUCUCUGGUCUGAGGGCAAAAGCGUCGAGCGUUGCGGCAAAGCCAUUACCUGGCAGAUGAAAAAUCAAGGUCGCAGCGAUGCCGAGGCGGCGGAACUUCGCGAGCAAGUCGAGGCCGCGCUCACCGCGGCGUCCGCGGCGCCGCCAUCCGCCGGAUCGACUACGACUGCGAUGAACAAAUAA